UGUGUACGUGCUUGCCUGUCGCUGUGUUUCUGAAGGUGUGUUGCUUUGUGCGCUGUUAUUAAAUCUUUAAUAGUAUCCGGCAAUCGAUUAGUCAGUGUGUGUGAGCAGUGUGUGGGAGUACGGGUGUACUGUCAGUCAGUAGGUCAGUCAGUGUGUGUGUCUUAAUGCACAGAGUGUGUCGGUGGGCUGAUCUGCCUUUUUACGUAGUCUGUAACAGUGGCGGUGUCUUGCAGUCAAUUAGUGUGUGUGUGUGUUUUUUGGGGUGUCUUCACGCAGCUUGUACGCGGUCAGCCCGUCAGUCACCCAUCCGGCCCCUGAGCUCUGUCGCCCCUUCUGUCCGUCUGUCCGAGUCCGGUGUUCGGGAAACACAGUUUGAAGGGAAACCGGCAGGCGCAGGCAGGGAAGAGGUGAAGGAGGGAGGGAGUGAUUAGGGAGAGAGAGAGAGCGAGGCAGAGAGAGAGAGAGAGGGAGAGAGACGGAGGGAGGGAGGGAGGAUGCUACCGCGGCGAGCGGAAAAUGGCUGCUGCGCGCCGGAGCCCCUUCCUGAUACACGGCGAGAGGACAUGAAAGAUGGGAGAAAGGGAAGAAGAUAAAGACAUGAGCGGCUGAGAGGAGAGCGAGAAAGAGAGAGCGAAAGAGAGCGUGAGAGAGAGGGUGCGUGUGUGCUCGCUCGUGAGGGAGAGAGAGAGAGCGCGAGGGGGGAAAGGAACCAUACAUCAGACCGGGGGGCAGCGAGCUCGAGGCGGCGGGCGACACCGAGCAAUGGAGCGCGAUGUGGUGCGGGUUCGAGCAGUGGUGAUGACCCGCGAUGAUUCCAGUGGGGGCUGGGUCCCCCUGGGGGGCGGUGGCCUGAGCCACGUGAUCAUCUGCAAGGGGCGGAGCCUGGAGGACAGGGGGCGGAGAGAUUACAUCAUCCGGGGGGAGCGGCUCAGGGACCGGGCGCCCGUGCUGGAGUGUGCUGUGCAGAGAGGGCUGGUCUACAACAAGGUGAACCCCAUCUUCCACCACUGGCGUGUCCAGGACAAGAAGUUUGGCCUGACCUUCCAGAGCCCUGCUGAUGCAGUCUCCUUCGAGCGAGGGCUCCACAGCGCCAUCGACAGGCUGGACAGAGGCUCGGAUUCUCCUUCCUCCUCCACACCAGAAGAGGGCGACACUGAAGACGAUGGCCUGGCCUCCCAGGACAGCGAGUCGUCCUCCAGCAGCCGAAAGGAGAUGCUGCCCAGGCCUGCCACCAUAGUGACCAGCCAGUCCUCCGCCACCUGCUUUGUGCGCCCCCCUGCCACUGAGGAUUAUGGGUACGGAACCGGACACACCGUUGCCACGCCAACCCCUGCACAGAUCCACACCCGCCCGCUGCAGCACCAGCCUGCGCCCGUGACGGCUGUCAUUAACCCCCCUGCGCCCCCGCCUCCCGCUCAGCCUCCGCCCCCUCCCCUGCCCCCGCCCCAGGCCCCGCCCCCGGCCCCGCCCCUCUCCCCCCUCAGCCCUCUCUCCCCGACUCUCUCGCUGCUGGAGGAGAAGGACCUGCAGAGCCUGGACCCCUGCAAGGACCUGUGGGGCUCGCGCGGGUACGAGGACUACCGCCGGGCCGGGACCGCCAGGACUCUGGGCGCGGUGGACCUUUCUGAGUUUAACAUGGACAGAUCGCAGUCUGCUGUUUGGAGAUUUGGAGUGGGAGUGGGGGAAUAG